GCCUGAGACUUGGUUUCCACAUCCCACAAACACACGCACGCAGGCAAAAAUAUACUACUUAAAACCAUGGCCAAUAUGUUACAUUUGAGUUCAAUACGUGCUGCUUUCUUUGUUGGUACAAUCAUGUAUGCCUUGGCCUUUUCCUUCGUCACUGUUAGCGGACGACCGGCAACUUUUGUUCAAGAUUUUCGAGUCACGUGGUCCGACUCUCAUAUCAGGCAAAUCGAUGGAGGAACCGCCAUUCAGCUCACUCUUGACCGAAAUUCAGGAUGCGGGUUUGCUUCCAAGAACCAAUAUUUGUUUGGCAGUUUUAGUGUGAAGAUCAAGCUCAUUCCUGGUGACUCUGCAGGAACAGUUACUGCCUUCUAUAUGAACUCCGACACCAACUAUGUUCGUGACGAGCUUGAUUUCGAAUUCUUGGGGAAUCGCUCGGGACAACCCACCACUGUCCAAACUAAUGUCUACGUUAACGGGAAAGGUAGCAGGGAACAAAGGAUCAACCUGUGGUUUGAUCCCUCUAUAGGAUUUCACACUUAUACUAUACGUUGGACCCGGGAGAAUAUUAUCUACUAUGUGGACGACGUGCCCAUCAGGGUUUUCAAGAACAAUGAAGCGAUAGGAAUCCCAUACCCAAAGAGGCAACCCAUGGGUAUCUUUUCCACUCUUUGGGAUGCAGAUGACUGGGCAACCAGGGGUGGAUUAGAGAAAAUUGAUUGGAGCAAAGCCCCCUUCUACACAUACUACAAAGACUUCGACGUUGACGGUUGCGUUGUGCCAGGACCAGCUGCUUGUGCCUUCAACCCAAACAAUUGGUGGGAAGGACCUAACUACAGAGGACUAACCCCGCUUGAGGCUAGGAAAUAUCACUGGGUUCGCGCCAAUCACAUGAUCUAUGAUUACUGCACCGACAGAUCCCGUUUCCCCGUUGCCCCACCCGAAUGCCUGGCAGGAAUCUAAAGUUGCAAUCCAAAGUCAAAAAAGAAAAAAA